UUUGCCGCAUUUCUCCUCCUCCUACUGGGAGUUGCAGUUGCAGUUGCAGGCAAUCUGACGGGAUCGCUCCGUUCUCUCUCGUGUUGCCCAGUGUGCGAGAUAUUGCCACAGACAGUUGAAAGGGGGAAGAACACCGGAAAAACUAGAGGAGACAGUUGCUCUCUUUUCUGAUUGUGAGGUUCAAGACGAUGAAGCGAAUGGGAGGCCUAAAUUCAGAAUCUCUUGCAACCUUAUGGAUAUUGUGCACGGUUCUAGCUUUAGCUCCAAUUGUUGGAUCAGUCUCAUCUCCAAAGCACCAAUUUCGUGGAAUUUCUCCCCAAGAUGAGAUGUAUUACAAGUCGUCGGACAUGAUCAAAUGUAGAGACGGUUCCAACAAAUUUUCCAAGGCUCAGCUCAACGAUGACUACUGUGAUUGCCCUGAUGGCACUGACGAACCUGGCACAUCCGCGUGCCCAGGUGGAAAGUUCUAUUGUCGAAAUGCAGGGCAUGUUCCACUUUUGUUGUUUUCUUCAAGGGUGAACGACGGGUUAUGUGAUUGUUGUGAUGGAAGCGACGAAUAUGAUGGCAAAGUCAAAUGCCCAAAUACGUGCUGGGAAGCUGGGAAAGUCGCAAGAGAUAAAUUGAAGAAAAAGAUUGCAACAUUUGAAGAAGGCGUCAAAAUUCGAAAACAGGAAGUUGAACAUGCAAAAGUUGCAAUAACCAAGGAUGAGGCAGAGCUAUUGAAAUUGAAAAAUGAGGAAAAAAUACUAAAAGGGCUUGUUGAACAACUUAAUGAGCGCAAAGAACAAAUAGAGAAGGUAGAAGAGGAGGAGCGGUUACGGAAAGAAAAAGAAGAGAAGAAACGUUUGGAAAGAGAAAAAGAUGGGACUAAAAAAAUUGAAUCGGCAGAAACAACUAAUGUUGGGGAAAGCAAAUCUGAAGAGGAGGAGGCCAAUUGGGAACGAAAUGAAGCUAUAGAAAAUGAUGACAAAGAUUAUAAACAAGGAGAAGGCAGCGAUGAUGAUAAAAUUGGGAACUGGGAGGACGCUGCCACAGAUCAGCAGGCUAGCGUGGAAGUCGAAGUUGACUUAGGACUUGAAACUCAACUUCCUAAUAAACCUGGAAUCGAAGCAUCAUCGCUGAAAAAGGAAGAAGAGGCUACAGCAGAAGAGAAUGGCAAACCCCUGGCUAAAUCUGAAACUGGAGAAAGUGCUGGCACUGAAAAAUCAUCUGAAGAAGUCUUGAAGAGGCAAAAUGAUGCUAGCUCAGAGGAAUUGUCGAGGGAAGAGUUGGGUCGCCUUGUCGCUUCUCGUUGGACAGGAGAAAAUACUGACGAACAGUCGGGGAAUAUGGAUAGCACGAAUGACAGUGAUGAAGAAAGCCAUGAUAUCUUAAAACAUACACAUGACAAUGACGGUUAUGCUUCAGAGACUGAUGAUGAUACCCACAGAUACGGCGAUGACCUAGAGGAUGAUUUAGAAGAUAUCAGAGAUGAAAAUCAUGAUGAUUCUGCUUCAUCCGAGAGAUAUUAUUCAGAUACAGAAUUGGACUCACCAGAUGUGGAAACCCAAAGUAGCCCCUCCUGGCUUGAGAAGAUACAAAAAACUGUUCGAAAUGUCCUGAAAGCUGUUAAUAUAUUCCAGUCUCCAGUGAACCAAUCAGAUGCUGCUAAUGUGCGCAAGGAAUUUGAUGAGUCCAGUGCCAAGUUAUCAAAAAUACAGUCAAGAAUCUCAAGUUUAUCACAGAAGCUGAAGAAUGAUUUUGGUUCAGAGAAGGAGUUCUAUUCAUUCUAUGACCAAUGUUUUGAAAGCAAGCAGAACAAAUACGUUUACAAAAUCUGCCCUUACAAACAAGCUUCACAGGUCGAGGGGCACUCAACAACUCGUUUGGGGCGCUGGGAUAAAUUUGAGGACUCAUAUAGGGUCAUGAUCUUUUCAAGUGGGGAUACUUGCUGGAAUGGACCUGAUAGAAGCUUGAAGGUCAAGCUAAGAUGUGGGCUUAAAAAUGACAUAACUGACGUAGAUGAACCUAGCCGUUGCGAAUACAUGGCAUUGUUAUCAACCCCAGCUGCUUGUGUAGAGGAAAAACUUCAGGAACUGAAAAACAAGUUGGACAUGCUGAAUAAAGAAGAGGCAGAGAAGCAUGAUGAACUCUGAUCCAUACAGAUUAUAAUUUCUUCAGAAUACAAUGGGCGGGAAAAGUACCUGGUUGAGUUAGAUGAUCGUGCUCAGAGGGUGUAGUUUUGUUGUGGGUUGUGGGAAUGAAAACCCCACCCCAUCUGCGGAUGUAGGAGUUGGAGUCAGAUUCGUUGUUUAUGCAAUUGAUGUCGAUAACUCUUAUCAGGCCAUUAUUUUUAUGGACUAAUUUAUACUAAUAGGCGGAAUCGGAAUGUUCAAAUUAUGAUGAGAAAUUGUACCUUAAAAGAAAAAAAAAUUAUGAUGAGAAAUGACCUUUACUAGGGGUAUAUCUGGGUCAGGUUUUGAUAACCAAACCGCCAAUCUGACUCGAAGAUAAUCAUAUUAGAAGUGUGUAUCAGACAUAUAUCAA